ACGAGAGAGAGAGAGAGAGAGAGAGAUGGCAACGCUUAGAGUACCUUCUCCAGUUCCUUCUCCGGUUGAAGACGCCGAGCAGCUCAGGAAGGCCUGCCAAGGAUGGGGCACCGAUGAGAAGAAAGUUAUUAGUGUAAUAGCACAUAGGGAUGCAGCUCAGAGACAACAAAUCCAGCAGGCCUAUGAAGAACUCUACAAGGAGAAGCUCUCAAAGCGACUUGAAUCUGAACUUACGGGGCAGUUUGAGAAAGCAGUGUACCGUUGGAUGUUCAGUCCUCUAGAUAGAGAAGCGAUUAUGGCUAAAAUUGCUCUGACAAAAGGAUUAGACUAUCGAGUGAUCAUAGAAACUUCUUGCAUCAAUUCAUCAAACCAUCUUUUGGCAGUGAAGCAGACCUACCAGAAUCAUUACAAGCAUUCAUUGGAGGAGGAUGUUGCCUCUGACAGCAACGGGGACUUGAGAAAGCUUUUGGUUGGGUUGGUGAGUACAUAUCGAUACGAAGGCGAUGAAGUUGACGUUCGAAUGGCUCAUUCUGAAGCAAACACUCUUCAUGAACUCAUCAAUAAGAAAGACUUCAACCAUGAUGAGGUGAUAAGAAUCCUCACAACAAGGAGCAAAUCUCAACUAAAUGCGACUUUCAACAAGUACAAAGAUGAGCAUGGAGUUUCAAUCCUAAAGGACUUGAAAACUGGAAAUCAAGAUGAAUUUGUUUCGGCAAUUCGAACUGCGAUUCGGUGCAUCAUUUCCCCUCACAAGUACUAUGAGAAGCUUUUGCGAACUGUGCUGAGCAAAUCGGAGAGUGAUGAAGAUACACUAACUCGUGUGAUUGUGACUCGUGCGGAGAAAGACUUGAAAGAGAUCAUGACUUUAUUUGAAAAGAGGGCCAAUGUAAGUCUUGAACAAGCCAUAGGCAAGCACACUUCUGGGCACUACAAGCACUUUCUCUUGGCAUUAGUCGGGAAUUAAAGUCCUGUAAGCCAUUUAGCAAGCAAUUUGAUAAGAUGGAAUUUGCUUGAAGAGCUUUGUACUCUUUCUAGCUUUAUUAAUUGGAAGGUCUGUUGAGUUUUUCCAUUUAAGCUGGUUGUUAGUUCGGCUUUCUUCAUCUGAGUUCUGCUUUCAUGGAUGUAAUAAAGAAAAGAGUUUGCAUGGUUUGUAAAAGCUAAAAUUUCAGAUAUGGAAUUUUAGUUAGUAAUAUUUUUUACAGAACUUAAUUCAUUUCUGUUAUGUUUGUUUUAAUUUCAGAUUAACUUUUUUGUUUAGAAGACUAAACGAUUUGUAGUUUUGAGACUGUUAGAGAUGCCAAGUGGCCUAUAUUUUGUCCCCCAA